CACUCGCGGCUGUUUUGGUCACCUGCCUUUGCGCUCUUGCCAUGCCCAAGACCUGCAUCCUCCGCCCACACCUCUGCCCUGUUUCGUCGUCCAUCCCGCUCUCUCCAGCCCCCAUCGGCACCGUCUCAUAUCCCUCCCCCUCAUUUCUCACCAUCACACUCCCUCCAGCGAUCUGCCAUGAAACUGCAGGUGUCUCAUCUCUGCCUGGCUCUGGCUAGCCUCGCCGGCUCGGCCCUGGCUGACGCCGGACCGGGACAGACUUGCGGCGGUCUUUUGAUGACUCUCUGCAACAGCGACUUGACCUGCAUCGUGGACAGCUACAUGAUCUCCGACAACACCGGCGUCUGUGUGGCCACCUCGAACGUCGUCGAUGCCAACCAAGCCUGCGGCGGGAACUUUGUGUGCAACAAUAGUUUGAUGUGCGUCGUCGCUGAUCCUGCCAACGCGACGGCCACCGUCUGCAAGCCCUAUACCGAAAUUGCUUUGGAUGGAAGCCAGUGCGGACCAACCAUCAACAAGUACUGCAACCCGAAGACGGCACAGUGCAUUGGCGGAACAUGCAAGACAGGCAGCAGCAGCAGCAGCAGCAGCACGGCAGCCACCGUGACCACCGGUCCGUCCCAGACGGCCUCGACUUUGGCAACGGCAACACCGGCUGCUGCGUCGCCGACUUCCAAGAGCCCCGCCUUCCGUGUCGUGCCGGCCGCUGUCCAAAUGAUUGCCCUCGGCGGGAUGGCUUGGAUGCUCGGCACACUGGUCUGAAACAGCGACUGGAUGCUCAGAGAUCGUUGCCUGGAGUCGCGGAUCGCUGUUGUAUGUCUCGUUUCGUGUGAAUGUCAAUAUCUAUGGUUUGUAGUUUGCUG